AUGGCUCAAAAGUCGGUCAACCAUGCGGGCACUGCACAGAUGACGCCUUGCGAUGGUACCCCGGAAUCGAAAACCUGGUGCUGUGGUUCGACGAAGGACUGUUGUAAUAGCGAGCAUGCGAUCACACUUGCUCAGAGACUCGAAGCUCGAGCAUCGACUCAUACAGGCUCGCAGCUUUCGAAUGGGGCAAAGGCGGGCAUCGCAGUGGGUGUUUCUGUCGGGGUCAUUGUGUUGAUGACCUUUCUCUUUUUCGUUCGUCGUGCCGAGAGAAAGAAGACUGGCAGUUCUCAGCAUCAGCAUUAUGACUACCGGGCCACGGGGACGACGCAGGAGACAAUGGGGAUCCCAGUUGACGAUCUGCCGUCAAGGUCAGUGACGGCAAAACAUGAGUUGCCGGCGUGA